AGACGACAAUGGCGAAAGCCAAUAAAGCAAGCGAAGACGAGAGCUUUGCAAAGAUACCUCGGGGAUCUCUCUCCGAUGGCGCCGGAGAGGAAACCCUGACCCUUACCGGUACUGGUUUUUAUCCUCCUCCUCCUCGAUCGCCGAAGCAAUGGCGGAAACCAGAGGCGUGAGAUCCGCCUCCGCAGGCCGCCGGGCGCCCGGCCUCCGCCGUGUCUGGUGCUGCUCCUUCGUUGCCGCCCCCGACAGCCCUGACCACCGCCGCAGCUCCUCCACCCACCGUGAGCUCCGACCCUCCAAGACCCCGCCCAAGCUCUCCCACCCGGGCUCCUUCCACAGCUCCCCCUCCCCCAGCAGCAAGCUCGGCCUCGGCAUCAUCGACCCCCGCCGUAUCCUCUCCCCCGGAAGGGUCUCCCCCAUCGACUCCGACACUCCCCUCGGCCCCCUGCCGGGGAUCCUCGAUUCCGCCUCGAUCUCUACGACGGCCGUCGAAUCGGAGCCGGAAUGCCCAGAUCCGGCCCCAAAGGAGCGAUCUUUGGUUCCAGAUAAGCCAAAGACGGACACUAGGGUUUCGCUGAGGGAGAGAUCUUUGGAUUUGAGGCUUUGUUUGAGGGGAAAAGAUGGGAGAUGCUUGGUGUUGGAACUGGAUUCUGCGGUUCUGUGUGAAAGCAGCGCAUUCUUUGCGGCCAGGGUUAUGGAUUCUACUCGGAAGGUCUCGGAUGCUGAUUGCCAGAAGAUCGAGGUUGCUGGUGUCGAAGAUGUGGAUGUCUUUAAGGAGACCAUUGAGCUGAUGUAUGAGAAGGAUGCAUCAAGAUGGCUCAUGAAGGCAGGAGUGUCUCGAGCAAUCGGUGUUCUGGAGGUAUGUUUGAAAAUUAUGUUCGAUAGAGGCAUGAGGUCCUGUUUGAAGUAUAUUGAGGCUGUUCCAUGGACUGAAACUGAGGAGGAGAAGCUGAAGAGAUUGUUUGCAAUGAGUACAAUUGAUAAGGCAAUAUGUGAAGAUGUGUUAGCUAGGUUAGACCCACAAGAUUGUAACCACUCAGAGGAUCUCGCAGUGCAGCUCAUUCAGUCUGUUACAAAUGCAACAAAUGGCAAUGCAAGGAGGGAGAUGCGGUCUUUAGUGAAUGGUCUCCUAUCCAAAAGCUCAGUCUAUCAGAAAGAACCUGUUGGACUUAACAAGGACAGCCUAUACAACGUUUGCCAUUCUUGUCUGAAUUCCCUGGUCAACCUCUUUGAAGAAGCCUUGAACUCAAUUCCUAUGGAUCAAAUGACAGCUGGGAAACGAACAAAGCCACUGAUCGAAAGGGUCUCUAAGCAAGUCGAAAACCUUAAUUGGUUGCUAGAAAUUCUUAUAGACAAGGAGAUGGCAGAAGAUUUUGUGGGUUUAUGGGCAAACCAAAAAGAAUUGAUUAGGAUGCAUGAGAGUGCAUCACCGAUGUUGAGGUAUGAACUCAGUAGGAUAUCAGCAAAUGUGUUUAUUGCAUUAGGCUUGAGGAAGUUGCAGUGUCCAGGUGGCAUGAGAUUCAGCAUUCUUCAAUCAUGGUUUGGCCCAAUGUUAAUGGACUUUGGCUGGUUACAACGUUGUUCGAAGGGGCUUGACAUGAGGAUGUUGGAGGAAAGCUUGGGUCAAGUGAUUCUUACCCUUAGGCUGAAGCAGCAACAGAUCUUAUUUGAGGAAUGGUUCCGCUGCUUUGCCGGUCACGGAACUGAAUGCCCAAAUUUGUGCAAGGCUUUUCAGGUAUGGUGGCGAAGGUCAUUUGUAAGAACUUGUGAAGCACGCAGAUGAUAUCUUCUAUUUUCUAAUGUUAGAUUUGUCGUGUGGUGUAAGUAUCCUGUAGACUAACUACUGGUAGAGUUCAAUAAUGUAAUGUUGUUUAAUGUACCCCAUGUUUUUACAAAGAAAUGUAGGAUUAACUGGAAGGAAUGGUGGCUUAUAAUGUAGUAUUUGCUCUGGUUUUGUUUCUA